AUGCGAUUCGCUUCUACUUUCUCUCUUCUCGCUGCCGUCGCUGCUGUGACCGUCAACGCUGCCCCCGCUGCCGAGUCGUCUGCCUCUCUCUCCCUCUCCUCCAUCUCCGGUUCCCCCUCGGGCGCUCCCUCGGGCGCUGCUUCCGGUGCUCCCUCCGGCGGUGACUUCUCUGGCUCCUCUGGCAACUUUACCGGCGGCGGCGGCCCCAUCGACAACUCUACCGCCUCCAGCUUCCCCGGCGGUAACUCUGGCGCCACUCCUUCUGGCGGUUUCUCUGGCGCCGCUCCCUCCGGCGGUAACUUUGGCGCCGCUCCUUCUGGCGGCAACUUUACCGCUCCCUCAGGGGGCAACUUCACCGGUGGUCCCGGCGGUGGCAACUCUACCGACUUCCCUGCUCCUCCCCAGAACGGCACCGCUCCCUCCGGUGCUUCCGGUUCUGCUUCGGAACUCCCCACCGAAGGUUCUAACCUCCUCCUCUCCUCUGCUGACAAGGAGUUUGCCGCCACUGCCACCGCCGCUUCCUCGGCCGUAUCUUCCGCCUCUGCUGCUUGA